GCCCAGCCCAGCCCAGCCCACGUCCACAACUUGGAGACUCCACCGGUCAAAGCUGGGGCCUCCGCGCCAUCUCCACUUCUUUGUUUCGUUUUUCUCCUUCUUCCUCUCCCCUCUCCUCCCGCCGGUGUGAUUUUUGAUCGUUGCGUUCUCUUUCCCUCCCGUCGUCCUGACAGUCAGUUUUCUCCUCCACGGCCUCAGGGCCUCCUAGGAGGACACCAUCAUGGCCUCCAAUUCCACCACCAAGGUCAAAUCCCAGGGUGGCAUUCUCGAAGGCAGCAACCCCACCCAUUAUGACUCCUCCAACCCCAUCAUCAUCUUCAUCAUCCAGGCCGGCAUCAUCAUCAUCUUCUGCCGCCUGCUGCACUGGCCCCUCUCCAAGAUUCGCCAGCCGCGCGUGAUCGCAGAGGUCAUUGCCGGUGUCCUGCUGGGCCCCUCCGUCAUGGGUCGCAUUCCCGGCUUCACCGAUGCCAUCUUUCCCACCGCGUCCAUUCCCAACCUAAACCUGGUCGCCAAUCUCGGUCUGGUUUUGUUUCUGUUCCUUGUCGGGCUGGAAACCAACCUACGCUUCCUAGUCAGCAACUGGCGCGUGGCCGUCAGCGUCUCGGCCGCAGGGAUGAUCCUGCCCUUUGGACUGGGCUGUGCCAUCGCAUACGGCCUGUACAACACCUUCCAAGAUGAUCCCAAUACGGUGGACAUCAACUUUGGCACCUAUCUGCUCUUCAUUGGCAUUGCCAUGGCUAUCACCGCCUUUCCCGUCCUCUGUCGGAUUCUGACCGAGCUCAAACUGCUGGGAACCAAUGUCGGUGUCAUCGUGCUCUCGGCCGGUGUCGGCAACGAUGUCGUUGGCUGGAUCCUGCUCGCGCUCUGUGUGGCCCUCGUCAACGCCGGGACCGGGUUGACCGCGCUCUGGGUUUUGCUGGUCUGCGUCGGCUAUAUUCUGUUCCUCAUCUUCGUCUUCCGCCCGUUGUUCCUGCGCUUCCUCCGCCACACGGGCAGUCUGCAAAAAGGCCCCAGUCAAUCGGUGGUGGCCAUCACUCUGCUGAUCGCGCUGGCCUCGGCCUUCUUUACCCAGAUCAUUGGCAUCCACGCCAUCUUUGGCGGCUUCAUCAUCGGCCUGCUGUGUCCCCACGAGGGCGGCUUCGCCAUCAAGCUGACCGAGAAGAUCGAAGAUCUCGUCGCCACGCUCUUCCUGCCCCUCUACUUCACCCUGUCUGGCCUCCAAACCAACCUGGGCCUUCUCGACACCGGCACCGUCUGGGGCUAUGUCAUCGGCAUCAUUGCGAUUGCGUUUACCGCCAAGGUAGUCGGGGGUGCGCUCGCCUCGAAACUGUGCGGCCUGCUCUGGCGCGAGAGCUUGUCCAUUGGCGUGCUGAUGAGCUGUAAGGGUCUGGUCGAGCUGAUCGUUUUGAACAUUGGCCUGCAAGCGCGCAUCCUCAGCACCCGCACCUUCACCAUGUUCGUCGUCAUGGCCCUCAUCACCACCUUCGCGACCACCCCUCUCACCGUGGCCCUGUAUCCCAAAUGGUACCAAACCAAAGUCGAACGCUGGCGUCGCGGCGAGAUCGACUGGGCCGGUAAUCCCAUCCAAUCCGACACCCGCGUCGACAGCGUCGCCCUGGCCAAAGAGCAACAACGCGCCCUCCCCGUCCGCAAACUCCUCGUCUACCUCCGUCUCGACGGCCUCUCCAGCAUCUGCACGCUCGCGGCCCUCCUCAGCCCCAACCGACCCCCGACCCCGAAACUCCACCCAGACACCCUCGCCUCCCCGGAACCCGCCGCCGAAGAAACCGCCGCCACCGACAUCGACGACGCCCCGACCCUCCACGUCCACGGCGUCCGCCUCCUCGAACUCACCGACCGCGACUCCAGCGUCAUGAAAGUCUCCGAACUCGACCACUCCUAUCCCCUCUGGGACCCCGUCGUCAACACCUUCCGCGCCUUCGGCCAAUGGCACGAUCUCUCCAUCCUCGCGGGCGUCUCCGUCGUCCCCGAACACUCCUACGCCGACACCGUCGUCACCCUCGCCCGCGACGAAUCCACCGACCUGCUCCUCCUCCCCUGGAGCGAAUCCGGCUCCAUGGCCGAACACUCCCAUCUCACCACCACCUCCUCCUUCCCUCUCCCCCUCGACGACCGCUUCACCCCGUCCGCCCCGUACACCGACUUCGCCACCACCGUCCUGUCCCACUCCCCCUGCCACGUCGGUCUGCUGAUCGAACGCACCCCGCCACGCCGUCUCCGCGACCCUCCCUCCCUCGGCACGCUCAGCAUCCACAGCCGCACCCACCUGCCUCCGCCCCCGCCCCCCACCGCCCGCGCCCACCACAUCCUCCUCCCCUACUUCGGGGGCCCGGACGACCGCUUCGCCCUCCGCUUCGUCCUGCAAUUACUCCGCAACGACCAAGUCACGGCGACGAUCAGAGUGACGGGCCAUGUGCGGGAGGAAAUGGGCCGGUUGGGGUCGUCGCAGCGGGCGGGGAAUCUGGUGAUUGUGGGACGGGGCAGUCGGGGGGAUGUAGACUCGGAGAUGAAGGAUGGUGUGGAGGGAGGGGGAGGGAAUGUGUUGGGGAGGGUGGGAGAGGCGUUGGUGCGGAUGGAGGGGCGGGGCGGGGGGUUGGUGGGGAAUGUACUUGUUUUGAGGGCCGGGGGGUUAAGGGAAUGAGGAAGAUAUACCCUAUGUUAUUGUGAAUGCGUUAGCGUGAGCUUGAUUUGUAUUGUGAUUUUAAUGAGAGGCAGUAUAUACAGACCUGUAGAGUCAGUCACUUUCAUGGCAGAUAUGCAAAAUAUCCUAUUAUCCCACCUGGGG